AUGUCCCGCACCGCUUCGCCAUCGCACGCACGUCGACAGUCGAGCAACAACUAUGGGAACAAUAAUCAAUCGAACAACCAUUCCUUUCGGUCGAGACCCGGUGGCGUGCCCUCAUCAAGUGGCAGCGGAGGAGGCGGCCGGCUGAACUCAGCUCGAGUACCCUCCCCAGCCAUGAUGGGGCCGCAGACAUCGUCCAACCAGGCCGGCUUCCCAUCGAUUCGAAAUAUCGGACUCUUGUUGGGAUGGAGUGUGAAGUUCAAGCUAAACGAAGGCGCUGCAGGAGGUGACCGAUGGGUGGAGGGGAUGAUCUGGUGCUAUGACUCGAUCGCCGGGGCAGUCAUCCUACAAUGUCCGGGCACCAUCAAGGGUCGCCACACCUACCGGAUGAUCAAAGUCAACCAGAUCAAAGACCUCCAGGUCGGAAGCUUGCUCGAACCCCACCCGCCAAACCCGUCUGGGAUGAUCCCUAAAAUCUUGGAACCCGUCCGGCCGAUCAACGUCACUGCUAUCGCAAUGAGGGAGAACGCGGCCGUAUUGGCUGACGACGCUAGACGGGCUAGAAUCGGCCAUGGCGUCUCUCGUUGGGCCCAGGAAAUCUUUGACGCCCUAGGAAAAACACUUCCUGUUCGAUGGCAUCAAACAUCGAUAAUCAUUUUGGAUGAUGUGCUACUACCUGGACCAUUCUAUCGAUCAGAAGAUGUUAAAGUGAGCGGGGAUAAUCAAAAUCGGAUGAGCCGAGUCAAGCAGGUCUUAGAGGGGCCUGAAGAGGCGCAUACCUCCGCGACCAGCUUCAAGCCGACCCCGUCUGCACUUUAUCCAGCCACCGAACACAGCCCAACGCCAGCGGCAGCCCCAGAUCAGCCGUGGUUUGUGGACGACGAGCCGGUAGGAUCGAGCCAGGGAGCGGCCGACGAAGAAGACCUGGGCGUGGAUCUGACGCCGACGGGGCCUCCGCCCCCUGCCCCAACCAACCUUCCCGCAGAUCUGGAGGACCUAUACUCCCAUCUCGUCUCCUCGCCCUUCUUCGACCCCCCAUCGCUCUCCUUCAUCGAUGCUAAAAAAUCUCCCCUCGGCGACGCCGCAUGGACCGAUUGGGUCGUCCUCGUCACCCUCAAACGGGGAAGAGAACGCGCUAUUCGAGGGGCCGCUGAAAGCAUCCAAUCUAUCUCCUCCUUCUUCCCCUCAACCGUCUCCGAAAACCCGCUCUUCUACUCCACCCAGGAGGGCUACGAGCACGGCCUGGCGGACGAGAACGAUGACAUCCUGCCCGACCAAGACGACCAUCGGCUGCUGCACGCCGACCGGGCAAGAGCCUCCGAUACCAUCAACUCCGGGCCCCUAGACCGGCUCCCCACCCUUGCCCCGCUCCAGCCCGACGAGGAGCUCGAGGACCCGUUCUACGAGCACCAGGAUCUCGUCAACAGCCAUCAUCACCACCAGGCCCUUCCCGAAACCCGCUUCGAACCCCCUCUGCCCCGCCACCUCAUGGCCUCCCACGCCCUCUCCAACCUCAUGGCCUCCGAAAUCUCCUACGGAAACCACCAGCAUCUCAUCGCCCAGCACUCCGACCAUCCAUCCGCCCAGAAUCCUGCAGGCUGGAAGAUGUACCAGUCGCUCGGCCCGGGCUCGAUGCUCGCUCCCCCGCCGUCCCAGCCGCGCUUCCCGCCCACCGGCCCUUCCUCCCCCGCCUACCACGCCCAGCCGGCCCCGCCGGUGCCCCCGCCAAGCCAGAGUCCCUCGGAGCUGACCGAGCGGCCUCCGGCGCGGUCCGCCGACCCGGCCUUUGCCGAGACCGCGGAGACGUACCCUCUAGCGGCGAACGAGUACGACGAUGGCGGGCUGCCGACGGUGUACAUCUACCCGACCGAGGCGCGGGAUAUCGGCUCGGACGUCUCCGGCCAGGCCGCCCUCGGCCCGCAGAGCUUCCGGGACUCGUUCUGGAUCGGCGCAUGGCUCAGCGCGUUACUGUACGCGUUUGGAGAGGCGGUCUGGGUCUUUGUGGGGGCCCGGACGGAGCUCGAGUCGGGCAAAAACAAGCUCGGGCUGGUCAAGGGUCUUCCGAUCCUAGCGAUGCUCGUCACGGUGACCUUCGGGAUCAGUGUGGGCUCGGUGAGUCUGCUGGUGCUGGCCAAGCGAGCGAUCCGAUAUCUGGUGUACGGUGCGAUCAUGGGCGUUCCGAGUGUGUUAGGGAUGGUGGGGGUGUGGACGUGGACGUCGGCGCGGGGCCGGCUGGAGCGGACGGUGCAGGUGCUCACGCUGGCCGUCGCCGUCCUGGCCGGCCAUCCCAGCCUGGUGAUCGUCUCCCAACCUUCCCAGCCCGCCCUCUCCUCCGCCCAAGCCGCCCACGCCCUCCUCGCCGCCUUCGUCUGGUCUUGGUCCCUCAACAUCCUCCGCAACCUCCAGCGGAUCAUCGUCGCCGGCGUCGUCUCCCAUUGGUACUUCAACCGCCACUCCCCGCCCUCCAAACACCACACCCGCAACGCAUACUCGUCUUUGGACUCGACCUGCCAAUCCAUCUCCCGUGCGCUCGGCCCCUCGUUCGGCACCAUCUGGAUCGGCUUCUCCCACCGCAUCUUCGACUUCAUCGGCUCCUUCACAAUCAUCUAUGCCGGCAUCACCGGCUUCAACUUCGCUCACUCCUUCCGAAAGACCCAGGCCCUUGUUUUCAAGCAAGCCCAGCUCGGCAUCUUCCACAAUCUAUUGGUCAAGUCGAUCCUAAACCUAGUGGCAUUGACGAUCAGUCUAACGAUCUCACUGAUCGGCUACCAACUGUAUUCCUCCUCCUCCUCGGCACCAUCAUCCGACCCGUCGUCGUCGGACCCCGACCGGCUGGGUUUGUCGGCGGGGAGGAGCGACUUCAUGGGCCCGUUCGUCUGGAUCUUCUUCGGCUUGUUGCCCUUCUGGAUCCUCCGCUUCUUGACCGACCUGAUCUCUACCGCUGUCGACACUCUGUUUCUUUGUUGGAAUAUCGACCUCGAUAUCGGCACUAACCAUUCGAAUAUGACCCGUCAAGCCUUUGUCGGCAAAUUGGAAGACUGA